AUGGCUGCGCUUAACUUUGGCAUAGCCACAACAAAUGUGAAUUUUGCUUCUCGUUUUCGAACCACACCCAAAUUCAACCCACGCAAAUCCACAAUUGUCUGCAUUGGAUGGGAUCCCGAAGGCAUACUGGCCCCACCCAGUGGCGGCCACCUCGCCCGCCAACAGUUCCGUAAACGCCUUGAAAAAGACUCCGACGCUCGCGAAGAGUUCGAGCGUCAAGUCCGCGAAGAAAAGGAACGUCUUCAAGCCCUUCGUGAAUCACGGAAAGAUCCUGAUACUCCAAAAGAGCUGAUUGAAUACUUCCUUGACACCGAAGCUCAGGAUUUUGAAUUUGAGAUUGCGAGAAUGAGACCACGAUUAAACGAGGAAUUCUUUUCGGAAUUGAAAUCUGAGCUAGGAGAGAUUCGAUUUGCUGUUAACAAAACACCGGCUUUGGAGGAUAGAUUGGUUGAGCUCGAGGCUCUAGAGAAAGCCAUACAAGAAGGAAAAGAAGCCUAUGAUAAGAUGCAAGCUGAUCUCACAAAAGCCAAGGAAAAUCUAACCAAAAUCUUUACAUCGAAGGAUGUGAAAGCAACUCUGUUGGAUAUGGUUGAACGCAAUGAGAUUAAUCGAACUUUGUUGACCCUUCUCGAUGAAAACAUAUCAUCUGCGCAUGGUGCCAACCAGACGCAAGCUGCAGAGUACAUGGAGAAGCUCCGUGGGGCUGUUCUCAAAUACAUUACAGUUUAG